ACAUUUAAAUGAAACAGUCGCAUUAAAAACAUGAACAAAAUAAGGUGUGGAUUCGUUUUGUUUUUACUAUUUACAAAAAAAUUAAGGGGUGAUGAUCAGUGUGGUGUACCAAUUGGAAGUGUAAUCGAUGGAAAAAUAGUGGGAGGAUACGAUUUGGGUUAUUUCAAAUACCCCUGGUUCGUUUCUCUAUUAGAAGACGGUGAACCAAGUUGUGGAGGAACGUUAGUUUCGAAAAAAAUUGUCGUAACCGCAGCUCACUGUUUCGAUUCAUAUUUGCGACCGCAAAGAGAUCGCUCAAUCACAUUGGAGAAAGCCUUCGAGUACAAAUUAGGCGUCUACAAUAACUGUAUGCCACACGAAAAAAGUCAACAAUCGUUUAAAGCGACGAAAGUGUACGUUCACGAAAAGUAUUUCGAAAAAGAUCCGUAUUACGAUAUAGCUGCGGUUAAAUUGAACCGAGAAGCCAGCGAUUUCCAACCGUGUUGUUUACCAUCAAAAGUAAUGAAAGAAAGUCGUCGUCCAAAAGAAGCUUUAGUAACCGGAUUGGGAGAACUAAAAUUUAACAGUAGAGAUACUCCUUGUACAGUUCACGAAGCUCGGGUUUUAAUGUAUCCAGAUAAAACUUGUAGGAGUAUGUUGAAUCAAGCAGAUGGGACUGGGAAGAAACUUAAAGGAGCUUUUUGCGCCGGUUAUCUUUCCGGUGGAAUAGACAGCUGUCGAGGGGAUAGUGGAGGUCCUCUUAUCGCCUUAGGACCAAACAGUCGUUAUUAUCUUAUUGGUAUAACAUCUUUUGGUUUUGAUUGCGCCCAACCAAAAAGGUUAGGAAUUUACACCGAUGUGAGUAAAUAUUUAGGUUGGUUAAGAGCAAUUAUAGAUGAAAGACCUGGACCAUCAACUCCUCGUCCAUCAGGAACAGAUUGGUCAAAAUACCCAGCAACACCAUGGAUUCCCUUACCAAUAACUUUUCCACCAUGGCAAACUUUACCACCGGAUUACGAUAAAGAACCCAUAGAUGAAAAUCCCAAUAAACCAGCAUCAUCAGAACACCACAACAGACCUGUAGUGAUUAUUAUUAACAAGAAGAAAUUAAAUUCAACGAAACACGGACGUCACAAAGAAAUAAAACAUAAAGAUCCUUAAAAUUGUUCAAUUUAAUUUUGGUUUUAUGAUUUUAAUUAUAAAUUUAAUCAAGUGUUAAAUUAACUAUUGUUGAUUAAGUGUGACAAGAUGCAUAAAAAGUUUUAAUUGUAACAAA